UCUAUACUGCGGCAGCAAGCAGCUUCUGAUGCCGUAUCGUGCGGAUCAAAUCGACCAACAACUGGCACUGGGCUCAGUUCACUUCUGUCCGCUCGAAGAGUAGCACCUUCUGCAACCGACGCCGCCGCCGUCGUCGACGCCAAACGGGGAAGUGUGAUUCCAGGAGUAUUGUAGUGGGUUCGUGGGUGGAGACGACCUCGCGUAUGCGUAGAAUUUUUGUUAUUUCCUGACAGGAAAGGAAACUCUUAGCUACCAUACCCGUGGGUCCCGCUGGUAGAUGUUAUGCUGGGAAAUUGGAUAAUUUCUAAUCGUUUGUGACACUGUAAGUGCUAUUACGAUAAUUGGUCUGCGAAGAAAUAGUUGGACAGAGGAAGAUCAAAAGAAGCUGCUGCUGCAGUGCCAAUUUCCAUUUGUAUCGAACGUGUUUAUGUGAGUGUGUGAAAGAAAACACGACCAAAAAAGCAUGAAAAUUUAAUUGAACCAAACCGAAUGCAUAACAGAGCGCCCGGAGAAAAUCGAAAUCCGAGUGUGCCUUGCCAGAAAUUGUGCGUGGAAAAUCGCAUCGCGUUGGCCAACUUUGAUGAGGCCCGGAAUUGUCGUCGGAGUGAAAUCAAUGAUUGCUUUGAUCCACUGUCUCCCCCCGGUCACACAUGUGUGAAAGUUGAAGAAAAGUGUAUUCAAAGAGAAAUAAAUUUCCCUCUGUGUGCAAAUAAUCAAGCCAAGAAAACAAAAGCGUGAAAGAUCAAACACACGGCUCUCUUACGUUGUUCUGCACGUUUCAACAUUGUGGCAUUGUGAGUGGUGCAUUCUAAAAAUAAACGGGAGCAUCGGAAUCAUUUAUAAUCAGCUGAAGGUGAUACAUUUGUUGUUUAAAUAACUCGAAAGUGUUCUCCGAUAGGCCGGGGGUCAGGAGUUGUUGAAGCUGCGAGCUGAGCGGCUAUGCUGAUUACCAUCGCCGAUGCAACGGAACAUCAUCUAAUGAGACAGAUUGCCAUCGUCGCAGUAGUGAAACAACCCACGAGCCGUUUACCAACUGUUACAUCAUUGACAACACCGUCAUAAUCGACGACGCCUCCAGCACGGUUGCCGCUACCAGUUAGAACCGACUUUCGGAAGCCCCAUUCAAGUUCAGCGCAGCUGCCGUUGGAUCACCAGCAGAAACAGCUGCGAUUGAAGUGAAGGGAAGGGUCAUCACCAGUCGUGAUUACAGUGCUAGGAAAACAACAACGAAUCAACGACGACGACGACGACGGCAACCAGGGCGAUAAUACUUAAAAGCAACAGCUCCCGUGUCGUGUAUUGUUCCAGCCCUGCCUCAACAUAGUUUCGGAAGAAAGAAGUUGGUUGGAAAGGGACUGUAGAGCUGCCUCGAGGAGAGUGUUCGCGGAGAGUGUUUUCGCAUUCAAUUAGCCCUUUUUGACGACGCACGGCCUCCAACUAAGUCCGCCGUAGAAUUUCGAACAGCCGCAACCCAUUGAUUGCCGAGACUUGACGCGCGGUUGUGCUGUUUAUUGUUGACAAGACGAAGACGAGUUCGCCGAAGACGGUUGUCGUGUGGAAAAAUACCCUAAGAAGUGAAGAAACGGGCGCGGUUAUUUUAAGAAAAGCAAAGUUGCAAGGAAAACAUUCCUUUUGGUUCAGUAUUUCGCGCGAGGCGAGUCAGUGAUAAGUUCACAUUUGCUUGAAUUCAAUUAGUCAGUGCGGUUCUAACGAAAGGUUCGCUAUCAAUCCUCCUACGUAGCUCGAGUGAGCGGUCGGUUUCGCGCUUAUCAUUUGCGACGCGAAGGUAGAGAAAGUGGGUGCAAAAAGUUCGGUUUUUGCGAGUGCUUAUCAAACAGCACAACGUGACGCCGCGACACGACCUGAUGGGUCUUCAGUUUCUGAUCUGUGAUUACAACGAAGGUGCCAAUCGAAAGUAGUGGUCGCAUUCCUGCGGGUUUGUUUUGUUUUCUGCGUAAUAUCGCCGUACUGCGAUAGUACCAAAAGUUCUACUUGAAAUAUUCAAGGUCAACGAUAUGUUUUGGUUUUUGUGCUGAAGAAGUCAACGUGUGUUGCUUCAGUCGGGUAUACAGUGUCGUGUAGCAUCUUAUUAUCGCUUAGUUGAAAGAAGAAGAUGGUGAAUAGAAGAAUGUCCGCAUUAGGCCAUCAGGUGAACAUGAACAAUUUCUUUUCGCUGUUGGUGGGGGCCUCCCUGGUGGCGGCCAACUCGUCGCCGAACCAUGACCUCAACUCGUUCUCCCAACCGACCGAGUUCUCCAACGGAGUUUCGUCCUUUGCCCUACCGGCCGAAGACCGUAUGGCGUUCGAUAGUUACACCCUAGCCUAUCUGAACUACUCGUUCGUCAACAGUGAAAACGAUGAGUUCAGCUCUGGAGAGUUAUCCGGAAAGUUCGGGGAAGGACGGGUUCUGAAUCGGACCGGUCUGCUGGUGCACAUCACCAAGUCGGACGAUCUGAACGAGCACCGGGGUUGCACCAGCGAUUUGAACGGAACCAAGGGCGAACCGCUGCCCACGGGAGGCGUUUCGUGGAUAGCUCUGAUUCUGCGUGGCAACUGCAACUUUGAGGAGAAAGUCAGGCACGCCUAUGAGAAAGGGGCCGCCGGAGUUAUCAUCUACAACGAUAAGGACGAUCCGCGACUGGAUAAAAUGAAGAUUAACGACAAAGAACGAGACAUCACCGCCGUUUUCACAACGAAAGCCAAAGGACACGAACUGAUCGAAAUCAUGGAACAGAAAGGCUACAAAGUGACGAUGGCAAUCAUCGAAGGAAGUCGCCACAUCCGAUCGCUGGCCAACAUCAAUCGAACAUCGGUGCUGUUCGUUUCGGUUUCGUUCAUCGUGCUGAUGAUCAUCUCGUUGGUGUGGUUGGUGUUUUACUACGUGCAGCGGUUCCGGUAUUUGCAAACCAAAGACAAACAGUCGAGGCGACUAUGCAACGUAGCGAAGCGAAUCAUUGCCAAAAUUCCUACCAAGAGUAUUAAAUCAGAUGACAAGGAAAUCGACAACGACUGUUGUGCCAUCUGCAUCGAGCCAUACAAAGUAACGGAUGUGAUACGCGUUCUUCCUUGCAAGCACGAGUUCCACAAGACCUGCAUCGAUCCGUGGCUGCUCGAGCACCGCACCUGCCCGAUGUGCAAGAUGGACAUCCUCAAGCAUUACGGCUUUGUGUUCACCGGCAGUCAGGAGAGCAUUCUGCAGUUGGAUUUGGAUAUGGAGGAAGGAGACCUGAUUGAUGACCACAGCAGUACUGACGGUGGCUAUCAGCGACGUCAUAGUGUUAGCCCUUUGCCCCAGAUCAGGGCCUCCAACGAGAAUCGGCUCUCCCGCAGUUCCUCAGAAUCGGACUCGGACAACGAACAUCAACCGUCUUCCAGCCGGCAUCAUUCCAACAGACAAUCGGUGCAGCGUGACAGCUUGCCAACCGGGGACUGUCCGGAAUCGGAUCGUAAUCCGGAUGACAACAACAUCUGCGUUGGUUGUUUGGCUGCGGCAUUGAACAAGAAGAAACACAACAUGGAGAGUACUUUUUCGCAGGAUGAUGCCGAUAGUGAUUCCUUCUCAACCGGCCCACAUGGUUCCUCCAGUCUUCCGGCCACACUCAAAAAGUACAAAGGCAACCACUCGACCGGAUCGUGCCGUGGCAUGAAUCCGCCGGACCACUACCAUCAACACGUUCCCCAGCAGCCCCAGUCGAAGCUUCCGUUCAAGUUCUACAAAACUGAUCACAGUCAGGGCCGCAGGGUUCGCACACCCCUGAAGAACCUGAUCUCCCAAUCGGUAUCGGCCCCAUGUGACGACGGAUCCCUAACCAACAUCGAUCUGAGCUCGGAAGUGCACGAGGAGUGUUCCGAUGCGCCGGCAGCUGUCGCCGUCCCGGCCAAGCAGCCCGCCCGCCGUUGCUCGCUAUCCCGAACGUCCUCCAGCGGUUCAGACUCGCGCAACUAUGCUCAUCUUCAUCAGCAUCAUCAUCAUCAUCCAGAUGACGGACCAUCAUCGAACGGCGACGAUCCGGAACACGAUGACGAGGGUUCGGACGAAACCGAACCCAACAGUGACAUGGAUCUGAUCGCCACCAAGAGCAGGGACGGCAACGAAGGCGACUGCAAGAAGAAGUGAUAAACGUGAUAUUAGGAUAAAAAGGGUACUUUAAAUUGCUAACGGGUGAAAACGAGGCCGCGCUUUCGUUUCAGUGUAUCUCAUUCUCUAUAGGCUUCUGUGUUUUGGUUUAAAUUUGUUCGGUGUUGACCCGAUUCUGACUCGUACGGAAGCGUACCGCAACGAUUUUUCAAAGCUAGAAUUUAGGUAAAACAUAACUCUUGCUAACUGAUAGUUGACUAAAGCAAAUGUGCGUGAUAUAAAUGUACUUUUACUCUCUCACUCCCUAUCUUCCAGAAAAGAAGGUCAAAUCCAUAGGAGGAAUUUUUCAAGUGUAGCUUGUUAAUCCAUUUUAUAUCGGUUUAGUGUGUUUCGUUUUACGAUUCUUUCCAUACUUUCCGCUCAAGUACUUGAGGCAAUAUUCGACUACUAUUUAGAUGAAAUACAAUCUGAGAAGAAAAAAAAACAGUUUUUAUUAGAAUUUCUAGCAAAAUUGUCAAAACAGACACUAAUUAUAGUAGAACAAUAGAUCGAGUAUUCUAAUCCCGUUAAUAGGACAAUUAAUGCAAAUGGAAGUUUAAAGUAAAACAGAUUUAGAUAAAAGUAGGACUCAACAAGAGCUGAUUGAAAGUCAUAUGGAAUAUAUUUGAAAAAGCAGCUAUUUGUAUUUUUUACGCAAUUUCAUUUUAGGAUAGGUGUCUAACCAGAUGAUACUUUUUUCGAUUCAAUUUAUAAAAAUCAUUUACAAAAAAAAAUAAGAACGUGCAUCGAAUAAUUUAGGUACGAUGAAACAGAGAGUAUGUGAUAACA